AUGGGCGUCGCGCAUCCGUGGCCAGCAAAGUGUGAUUCGACGUUGGACCACGUUGACGUCACUGCUACAUACAUGGAAGAAUGCUCUCAAUCGUCCCUUGUCAGUGUAUCGCUCGAGUACGCCGAACCACACGGUACAGGGCUCACUGCCUAUGAGGUAGAGCAAUGCCAGUGUCCUCCUGGCUACAUCGGCACGUCCUGCGAGGACUGCGCUCCAGGAUACUCAAGAACCGGAGGCGGUCUCUACCUUGGACUUUGCGAACGCUGCGAGUGCCACGGUCACGCAAGUCAAUGUGACAAGGAGUACGGCUUCUGUGUGGACUGCCAGCACAACACUGAAGGUGACCAAUGUGAGCGAUGUAAGCCUGGUUUCAUCGGAGACGCUCGCCGAGGUACACCCCAUGACUGUCAGCCGGCCGUCACUCGUCCUCCAUGUCACUGUAACAAUCACUCUCCAAGAGGCUGCGAUUCCUUCGGGAGAUGUCUGCUUUGCGAACACAACACCGAAGGAACGCACUGCGAACGAUGCAAGAAGGGCUUCUAUGGAGACGCCACCAAAGGAACCGCCUACGACUGCACUCCUUGCCUUGCCCGAGGAGCUGUUGAUUGCUAUGCGAUUUCAGCGGUCAAGUUGCAGGUGCAAGGAAUACUGCAGCAGGUUUAG